AUGCCCAAGUGGGAGGAAAUCCGCGACGACCUCUUCCGGGCGUUUAUUAAUGCAAGUGGACCGAUCACCCCGGAGAUGCAGGUCUCGAUCGAGGAGUCCAUGAAACCGUAUGGUAUGAAAUGGAAUGCCAUUAGAUCCACCCACACAGCUGGUCUUGAUCCGACACUGUCUGUUUGUGCUAUAAGUUCUCUCUCCUUCUGGUCCCGCUCCUCUCUCCCUCCUUCUCCCCAGCAACCUACACGGUCCAUUGUUGCCGGCUUAGCAAUUCCAUCAUCCCAUCUCAACACAUCCAACACAUCCAACUCAGUCACCAUGUCUUCGCAGCGGUCUGCGCAGCGAAACUUGACCAGGUGGGAUCAAAAGACUCACGAGGACAUCAUGUUGGCGAUGUUUGAGCAUUUCCGUCCCACGGCAGCUGACAUGAAGGAGAUCGUUGAGCUCCUUCAUGUCCAGAAGGGUCACACCUUCACAGAUGGCGCUCUAUUCACAACCACCAACCCCCAGAGCUUCACCUUGUGCUUCCGUUUCGCAAAGAAUCAAGCUUCUCUCAGCCUCAAGAUGGAGGAAGAGGACCACGAAGCACAGUUCUACGUGGCCAAGGCUUCCAAGCCCACCAACUGGGACCACGAUGCCCAUCUGACGCUGCUCCAAGCCGUUAUGAUUGAGGCGCUUCCUUCGAAGCCCCAGUGGGACAGGAUCCUGCAGCGCGUUGCUAGAAAAGGCUAUACGUAUACACAAACUGCAGUGCUGUAA